CCAGUUGGGUUCACUCACAUGUUCGCCGGUGAUUUUGAUAACCACAAGUACCCAAUAUCUGUUGUACGUUUCGGUGUAGACUUUAUUGCCAUAUACGGGAGUAUAGCAAAUAAUAUCUGUUGAAACGUUCCUGUCCUCUGCAGACAAUAAUAUUAUUGUAUUCAACAUGGGCUCUUUAUCAAUUACAGUUUUCUGCCUCCUGGCAAUCGCCUGCACAUUCGACACCACAUGUGCAACAUUCGGCAAAAAAGAACAUGUACACAUUCGUGUUCAUGUGCCAACCAUCGUGAAGGAAGUCUACGUAAAAAAACCAGUUCACCAUCACGAACACCAUGAUGAUCAUUAUUCUGGUCACAGCGACCAUGGCAGUUCAUCUGGUGGUUACGGAGGAUCCUCCAGUAGUUAUGGUAUUGGUGGAGAUGAUUCGUAUAGUGGUCAUGGAACUUCUGGUAUUUAUGAUUCUGGAUCAAGUGGGCAUGGCGGUAGUAGCUAUGACGAUAGUUCAUCAAGCAGUUAUAGUAGUGGACCGUCUUCGUCCGAUGAAUAUAGUUCCAGCGAUCAUGGAUCAGGUGGAUAUGGCGGAUCAUCUGGUGGUUACAGCGGUUCAUCAGGAUUCGGUGGAUCUUCCGGUGGAUAUGGUGGUUCGUCAGGAGGAUAUGGUGGAUCUUCCGGUGGCCAUGGUGACUUAUCAGGAGGAUUCGGAGGAUCUUCCGGUGGAUAUAGUGGUUCGUCGGGAGGAUAUGGUGGAUCUUCUGGUAGUCAUGGUGGCUUAUCAGGAGGAUUCGGUGGAUCUUCCGGUGGAUAUGGUGGUUCAUCAGGAGGAUAUGGAGGAUCUUCUGGUAGUCAUGGUGGCUUAUCAGGAGGAUUCGGUGGAUCUUCCGGUGGAUAUGGUGGUUCAUCAGGAGGAUAUGGUGGAUCUUCCAGUAGUCAUGGUGGCUUAUCAGGAGGAUUCGGCGGAUCUUCCGGUGGAUAUGGUAGUUCAUCGGGAGGAUAUGGUGGAUCUUCUGGUGGCCACGGUGGUUCGUCAGGAGGUUACAGUGGUAGUUCCUUAGGAAGCUAUGGAAGCUCUUCAGGAAAAUAUGGUGGUUCUUCAAGUGGAAUUUUAUUCAGUGGAUAUUCUGCUAGUAAUCACAAAGGAUCAUCUGGUGGAUACGGAGGAAGCUCUUUAGGAGGACAUGGUGGAAGCUCAUCAGGAGGAUAUGGUGGAAGUUCAUUUGGAGGACAUGGAGGAAGCUCAUCUGGAGGAUAUGGUGGAAGUUCAUUUGGAGGACACGGAGGAAGCUCAUCUGGAGGAUAUGGGGGAAGUUCGUUUGGAGGACACGGAGGAAGCUCAUCUGGAGGAUAUGGUGGAAGUUCAGGGGGUGGAUAUGGCGGUAGUUCAUUUGGAGGACAUGGAGGUAGCUCAUCUGGUGGAUAUGGUGGAAGUUCAUUUGGAGGACACGGAGGAAGCUCAUCUGGAGGAUAUGGUGGAAGUUCAGAAGGUGGAUAUGGUGGUAGUUCAUUUGGAGGACAUGGAGGUAGUUCAUCUGGUGGAUAUGGUGGAAGUUCAUUUGGAGGACACGGAGGAAGCUCAUCUGGAGGAUAUGGUGGAAGUUCAGGAGGUGGAUAUGGUGGUAGUUCAUUAGGUGGACACGGUGGAAGUUCUUCUGGAGGAUAUGGAGGAAGUUCGGGAGGUUUUGGAGGCUACUCGGGUGGUAGUGAUCAUGGUUCCAGCUCUGGUGGAGAUACCUAUUCAGCUCCAGGACUGGAUAGCUAUGGACCAGCAGGAGAGAGUUUUCCUUAUACUAAAAAAUGAGCCACUAUGAAAUUCCAAAACAAAUACGUUAAUUUUUAACAUGAAUUUAAUUUUUUUUUAUUGUUACAUACGUUAUUGCUAUUGAUUUGUAUCUAAUAUGGAAACAAUUGUGAAAUGUUUCCAUUUUCUAAGACUGACUUAUCUGUUUUUAUUAAUAAUUAUAAAAAUAAACACAUUUUAUUAGAA